AUGGAUAGUAAUAACAAAAGUUAUAGUAAUACUAUUGAUAGUGUUAAUAAUAAAAAUGAUAUUUUAUUUAAAAAAAUUUGGAAUAAUAUCGUAAUAAGAAAAAAAAUUAAAUUUUAUUUAAAUUUUUUUAAUUUAUAUUACCAUACAAGAAUUUUUACAAUUAAAGAAUAUGAAUCGUUCAAAUUUAAAAGUUUUUUAAGAAGUAUAAUACUAGAGUUUGACAACACAGAUAAACACAAACUAUUCGAAUGGAUGAGCGAACUACCACCCAAUAUUGAACAAAUUCGAUUCAAAAACAUGGUUUAUUUUAGGAAUCCCACAUUUCACUCAUUUAAAGAUGAAGAUUUCGAUCCAUUUGGUAGACCACUUACUACAAUCGAUAUACCACCGCAAAUUAGUCAUAUUUCAUUCGAUCCAUUGUUUAACCAACCAUUUUUAGAACCACUACCAAACACAUUAAAAUCUGUAGAACUUUGCAAGUUUUUUAGACAACCACUGCAUUGUGCCAACGAUACUAGCAAAUCUUUCCUACCAGAGGAUUUACAAGAGCUUCGUUUCUAUUUCAAAGGUCUUUUCAACACACCUAUCGAAAAACACCAUCUGCCAAAAAAGCUACGUAAAAUGGUAAUGGGUCUAAGCUUUAACCAACCAAUAGGACAUGGCGUUCUACCCGAUACUUUAGAGUCCCUCGAGUUUUCAUACCAUUUUAACCAACCACUAUCACCAGGAGUUUUACCCGAGGGUUUAACAUUUUUAAGGUUUGGUAACUCUUAUAAUCAGCCAUUGAUUGGUAUCCCAUCCACCGUGCGUACCCUAGUUCUGGGUACUGACUUUAACCAACCAAUAGCACCAGGGCAACUUCCAUAUGGGCUUAGAGAGUUAAUAUUUUCAAAUACAUCGCAAUUCAAUCAACAUAUUGACACCUCAAUUUUACCAAAUACAAUUACAAAAUUAAACUUUGGAUGUGGCUUUUACCAACCAUUAACACCCAACUCUAUACCUCCAUCAGUUACAGAACUUUCCUUGGGCGGUUCACCAAACACCAUUUUUGGUGACUAUUGGAGCAUUAAUGCCAACUUACCAACAUUACUAGGAACCAAUAUGAUCUCAAAGUAUAUCGUUACACCAAACUGUUUACCCAAAUCAAUUAAUGCACUUCAACUUAACCCUAGCUUUUUUAUCAAAAAGGGAUCCAUACCAAACAGUGUAUACGAACUACAAGGAUGUAAUUUCAAAUUUGUUCAGUUUAUUCCUCAAAGUGUUCAUAAGCUUAAAUUAAAUAAUGAUUUUAAUCGACCAUUCAAGAUGGGCGAACUUCCAUCACAUCUCCUUACACUCGAUUUGGGUGGUGAUUAUGACCAGCCCAUUACAACCAAAACAUUUUUAAAUAAUCCAUCACUAACCAAACUCAAACUAUCAACUCAUUUUAAAUCAACUAUACAACCAUUCUCACUACCACCAUUAAAGAAAUUAUAUUUAGGAUUUUCAUAUAAUAACCCACAACCAUUCAAUAUCCCACAAACAUUAACAUAUUUGGAUCUUGGUAAUGAAAUGAAUCAACCGCUUCAUAAUUUCCAUAUGGAUACUGCUGCAUCACUAAAAUAUUUAAAAUUGGGUUCUAAAUUUAAUCAAACUAUAAUUCCAUGUUCACUACCACUACAGCUAAUCCUCCUCGAACUUGGUACAGAUUUUUCACAACCUAUCGAUACCAAUUGGUUACCUCCUAAUCUUAAAGCAUUAAUUAUUCAGGGAUCAAAUACAACAAUCGACGAAUUUCCAUUAUCACCAUUACUAGAAUAUAUAAUCAUCCCAAACAAUAAUAAUAAGUUCAUCAAUUCACUUUAUGAUUUAAAUAAUAUUUUAAAACAAAAAAGGAAAAUUAAAAAAUAUCAAUUACUCGAAAAAGAUAACGAUCAUAAUAACAGUGAUAUUAUAGUUAAUGAUAGUAAUGAAGAAGACAUAUAUGAAUAUGAUUUAUUUAAUGUAAUUAAAGUUUCAAAUUAUAAUAAUACAAAAUUGUUUUCAAAAUAUUAUAAAAUUUUUAAGGAAAAUAAACCAACUUUUUAA